AUUAUCUUGUAGCAUGUUCUGCGCAAUCAGUAAAAUUUGUCUGGAGAAGAGCUUUGAAAAAAAAAAAAGAAACAUCACAAAACACAAAAAGUGAAAAUUAUCAACUUUGGUGAUACUACGUCAACUCUAAAUCUACUCACAAUCAUAUCAACCAUGGUCAAUAUCGAAUCCUACACUGCCAGAGCUAAGGUGCAUGCUUCUCCAGUUGCUCAACGUCUUUUCAACUUGAUGGACAGCAAGAAAACCAACUUGUGUGCUUCAGUUGAUGUUAAAACCACUGAAGAAUUAUUAACUUUAGUUGAUAGAUUAGGUCCAUACAUUUGUUUAGUUAAGACUCAUAUUGAUAUCAUUGAUGAUUUUUCAUUUGAAGGCACUAUCAAACCAUUAUUGGCCUUAGCCAAAAAGCAUAAUUUCUUAUUGUUUGAAGAUCGUAAAUUUGCUGAUAUUGGUAAUACUGUUAAAUCCCAAUAUUCUAGUGGAGUUUAUAAAAUUGCUCAAUGGGCUGAUAUAACCAAUGCUCAUGGUAUAACUGGGGCUGGUAUUGUCAAAGGUUUGAAGGAAGCUGCUCAAGAAACUACUGAUGAACCAAGAGGUUUAUUAAUGUUAGCUGAAUUAUCAUCCAAGGGUUCUUUAGCUUAUGGUGAAUAUACUCAAAAGACAAUUGAAAUUGCCAAGACUGAUAAGGAAUUCGUCAUUGGAUUCAUUGCUCAAAGAGAUAUGGGUGGUGCUGAUGAAGGAUUCGAUUGGAUUGUUAUGACUCCCGGUGUUGGUUUAGAUGAUAAAGGUGAUGCUUUAGGUCAACAAUAUAGAACUGUUGAUGAAGUUGUUUCAACCGGUACUGAUAUUAUUAUUGUUGGUAGAGGUUUAUUCGGUAAGGGAAGAGAUCCAGAUGUCGAAGGAAAAAGAUAUAGAGAAGCUGGUUGGAAUGCUUACUUGAAGAGAACUGGACAAUUGUAAAUGUAUAUAUAUAAUAAUAAUAACCACAAUUAAACUAUAGACAAGAAUUAAAUAAAUAAAUAAAUAAAUAUAUAUAAAAUCAAACUAUUUACAUGAGAUGUUUUAAGCAUCUAAUACUUCAUAAUCAUCAAAACUAUCAGAUAAU